GGUCCCUGAACUCGCAAAUUGCAUAUUUGGCUUCCUAAACUUAGUUUCGGGUGUCAUCAUAGUCCCUGAACAUGUAAAUUGCACAUUUAAAUUUCGGAAUAUAUGACAUGUACACCUUCCUUCUUCCUAUAGGCAUGCCUCUCGCCAUUGUUCGCAGUAGAGUCUUUGAGCUCCUUCCUUACAAUAUCUCCCUCCUGUUGUGUGUAUGGGUGAGAGUUUUGCUCGACCUCAUCAUCUACAGAGUAUUGCUAGUUGCUUUGAUACUUGCUAGUAAUCAGCACUUUCACACAAUCACAGUGGGUUGACGUGGCCAACAUGGUGAUAGUUUGAAAUAAUUUGUUUGAAGGGAUUGUUAUGAAAAUUUUCUCAUGGGAAAUCUAAUAAAUUCAACAUGUAUUGUUAAUUUUUAUAUAUUGAUGAUUAAAUUAAAUCAUGCACCGAGAUGAUAUGCAUCCAAAGUUAAAUUUAGAGGGUCACGUAUGCAACUUUUUAUUUAGGGACUGGGAUGGCAUCCGAAUCUAAGUUUAGGGAGCCAAAUAUGCAAUUUGCGAGUUCGGGGACCGGGAUGACAACCGAACCUAAGUUUAGGGAGCCAAAUCUGCAUUUUAUGAGUUUGGGGACCGGGAUGAUAUAGUGUGACAAGUUCGAGGACCGAUGGUAUUUUACUCUUUUAUUUUCUUAGCUUUGUUUCUUGGAAACUGGAAGGUGAUAAAAUCAUGGACUCAAGUAAUUUGGUAUGGUGCCUCGUUGGCCAAAACUUUAGAUGUCAUUUCUGCGGUACCAAAGGCAGGCUGGAGAUUUUGGAGUAGUAGCUUAUCGUGAGGUUAAGGCAUCCAAGUUGGAUUUUGUACUGGAAAUCUUGAUCAAGCAUGCCGGUUUGGUUAUAUGGACCUGGUAUGAUUUUGCCUAGGUGAUGUUAUUGGCAUCUGAGGACGCUCUGUACGGGUGGCACAUAAGCAGAUGUUGAGUGAAUGCCAACUUUGUCUCGGUUUGCAUUUGCUCAUGUUGUCAUCGAGUCUUUUGCCCCGCUUCCGUUUUGCAAGGACAAAAUUUGCUUUCGUUACUUGCAUCGGGUGUAAACGAAGUGUAGACUCUAUAGAUACCAAGUCAGAAACCACUUCCAAUAACGAAAAUUAACCAAAAGAUGCUUGAUUAAAACAUUUCAUUGGGUUCUGCAAAUAUAAAGAUGCCACUCAAUGUAUCUUCAUAGUCAAACAUCUGUUCCCAUUCUUAUCGAUAAGUAAAUUACAGGCAAUGAAUAUGACCGAUCAUGCCAUAUCUUGAUGAGCUAUGUGGUGUCUAAAAGCUUAGCUUAACUGCUAAGGCAAUUGACUGCUAAUUUGUGAUUAUUUUUCUUGAAAACAAAAUCAUAUGCUCCUCCUAACAGUUGAAGGCAGAUUUAGUCUUUUGAAGGUCAGUGGCUCAUAUGGGGACACAAACAUUAAUGGUGUGCGCGAAUUCUGAUAUGUGAAUGUGAUGCAUCCUUGGGAAAGUGGAUUUGACCCCAGAUUUUUGCAGUGGCAAUCUAGUUGUACAUCUUACCUUCGACAUCCUUUUCGACAAGUUUUUGGUUCUGAAAUUGUGCGGAGACCAAAAUGAAUUCCAAGCCCUUCAAGGGCCUUAUGUGCUAGCACAAUGUUUGGUUAAAAUUUUGUGAUGUGAACAGUGAACCAGAGAUCACACAGCUCAACGCUACAGGUGCUCACCCGUACUCGGCGCCGAGCAGAGAAACUUGCGGGGACGGCAAGGGCAGUGCAGCCCGGCCGUGAUAACCAACGAACUCAACUGAUGGCCGCAGCUACCUCCAUCCAUCCGUCCGUAUAACCACCAUAACCACCUCCAUUCUUUGACUGCCUUCCCUUGCACUCCACACCUCUCUCCCUUUCGCAUCCUCUCGCACACACUACAUAACACUGUGAGCGACCAAACUCAGGCACUACUGCACAACAGUCACAACACUUGCUCCCUGCCUCGCCAUCAGCUGCAAGCAUGACGCCGGUCAGUGAGCAUCAGCAGCCCAAGGAGCCGGGAACACAAGCUGCAACAAGCCAUCAUGCUCCAGCAGUUCCAAGUGAGCAAGUGGGAAUUGGGGAUCCAGCGGACGCCGAUCAGGAGGAGCAAAGGCGGCAGGCGGCGCGGCGGGAGCGAGACUUCCUGGCAGGGAUCAGGAAGCUCAUCAAGAGCUUCAAGAGCCUAUCCCACAUCUUCGAGAUAUACAAGGAGGACGACGAUGAGAAUGAGGAUGACAUAGAUGCAGGCAUCGAGAUUGGGUUCCCCACGGACGUGCAGCACGUGGCGCACAUCGGCCUGGAUGGGUCCACCAACUUGUCCAGCCUCAGGGGGUUGGAGGGGGCCAGGGACCUGCUCCCCCUCUCCAACCUAACCACCCUUGAGCAGUUCGAGCUCGCCAUGGCCUCGCUCGCUUCUGCUCCGAGCACAGAUCGCGAUGGGGUGUUAGAUAGAGCCUUCCAGGAUUAGGUUUAUACAAAUUAGGACGCACGUGGUGCUUGUGGUCAUGCCCUUGUUUUCUUCUUGGUUUUGUUCAUGAUUUUUUUUG